GUCUAUUAACAUUUAACAACAUUCCCACAACUUUUUAUUUGUUUUUUAUUUUUCUCAUAGGUUUACAGCGAGCAAGCGUUAUUGCCUGACACGAAAUCACUAAUCCAUGACAUGUACAAUAAGUGCAAUACAGAUUUGUGUUUAAUCCUUUCCCGCCCAUAAUGGCAAAGGAUAUUAAAUGAGAAAAGGGUCCUUCAAAGCAAUGACGCUGCCGGUGAAGCAUUUUCUUUUAAUAUGAAAGUUAGCGCACAUGAAUUCGCAGAAGUACGGUUGUGUCACCGUGAGAAACGUGCGCCCUGCUAAAUUAAUAUGAUGACGAGAGUACGACCCAUCAACGAGCGGUAGUGCCUACAACUUCACCACAAACAAUUAAGCACUUCAUCCUCGGCUCUACAUAGCGCCAGUGUCUCGUGCACCGAAUCAAUCAUGUUCAUUAGCUUCAUGCCCAGUGAGUCGAACUUAUGAUGGCUCCGAUUGUGUUUUUGCUUCAAUCACGGGUCGCCCAUCUAAUUCUGAUAUGAAACUACCAUCGAGUUCACCGCGUCAGCUACUGUUUUGUCGGUGAUUCUAUACCGCGUUAGCUCAUUUUUCUCGCGCAUAGCCUGACAUGGCGGUUGAUAAUUUCUCGGCGCUCCCCAUGACGCUGGAUGAAGGUGAAAACUUGGAAAGUUUAGGCAUCCUCAACGCUACCAUCAUCAUUGUAAUCGCAGUCCUUGUCAACAUCAGUAAUUUUAUAACUCUUCUUGUCGUUCGCUCCUACAAGUACGUAUUCAAUCCUAACAUCCUGAUCGGUGGUAUAGCCCUCGUGAACUAUGUCUCCACGCUCUCCUUAUUCCCUCUCAUCGCCUACGCGUAUCUUGCUUCAGAGCCACUAUCACCUAUCAUCUGUGAGCUCUUUGACGCCAUGUGGGCAUUCUAUCAGCUUCUAUCAACUUCCAUCGUCACCUUAAUGGUCCUAGACCGUUACAUCGCUAUCAGAAAACCUAUUUUGUAUAGAACAAGACUCAGCGGUGCGUUCAUGAAGUACAUCAUGGUGUGUGCAUUGCUGACUUCCAUACCCUUAUCUUUCACACCCAUCAUCGUCAAAAUCUUAGCAGACGAUCCCGUGGUCGAACUGGAGCGGGAAGGGUCCAGGACACACUAUUGCAUCGGAUUACACAACCAGUACUACCACGUUCAUAGGAUACUUAUUCUGGCCAUCAACUGUGCUCAUCUACCCUUAGGUCUAUUCUGUUACAUUGGAUUCUUGCUGGGUGUACGGAAUUUUGUGAAUCGUUGGCUGGUGAGGUUCUCAAACCAAAAUCCAUCAUCCGUGGAGCCACCGGACGUUGAGGCAUCCUCAUGCUGGUGCCGGUGCGUCAAGGAACAACCCCAGAAGUCGCUCUCGAAAGAGCAGUUGGUGGAACGAACUCUACAUCUUAUGAAGAGUCUCCACGUCAAACGCUGCACCAGGAUAUCUAAGACCAUCGCAGUUGCCGCUGGGAUCUACUAUAUACCAUGGCUAUUUUCGCAGAGUUCCAUUUUCUACGAGCUCGUCACCGGAAGCUAUCUCCCCAUCCUUGAUUACGUCAUCAUUCGGGUUGUCCUGGCUUCGUCCAUUCUGAACCCCUUGGUGUAUGUGACCUUUUCAAAGACCUACCGGUACGGAUACCAGCGAGUCCUGGCCAAACCAUUCCGUAUCUGUGGCUAUGAAUGGCGAUCGAGGAAACCUCUGGGACUUUCAGGUAGCGAUAUGCAACGGAUUUCUCAUCGUAUGGCUCUUGAAGAAUGGGAAAGCCCUGGCUUAGUACGCAGACAGUACAGCAAAAGACGCACCAAGAGGAAGAUUGCCCGGAUGCAUCACGUCUAUACAGUCAGCGAAGACAACGGCAACGGCUCCGUCGGAAACGGACAUGAUAAGGAGGGUGCAGGGAAACAAAACAGAUACCGGAAGAACACUUCGACGGAUACGUCAACAGGCACUAGCAUGACAACGAGUGCGUCAGUGAAAAGGAAAGUGAGGUGCCGACGGAACACGGGUCAGGGAAAUGGCGAUCAAAAUCCGACCAUUGUGCAGAAGAUGGACUCGCGUUCCUCGGCUCCAGGUUUGUCCAACGUUGAGAAUGGAUCCGCUGUGUUCAGUCAGAACUUGUGGGUGCUAGACGCUUCCCGUCAAACUGUUCGCGAGGAACGCCAAUCGGCGUCCUGUGAAGUGUAUCCUCGAGAAUGUCCAAAUGUGUCAUCAACUGGAAAUAGCCAUGAUGAUGCUCACUUACGGUCCAAGGAUUUGUUGCCUGCUCCAAAGACAUAUCUUCCAAAGACUCUACAGACGCUUGCAGCAUCGGCUGUGGAAUCGGCUUUGUGUCAAACACAAGAGCACAAAAGAACAGUCGCUGAAGAAUCUUUACCGGAGAGGGCGGGCGUAGAUAGUAUCAUCCUAUUCGGUUCGAGUAGGGAGGUGGGAGGGAGUAAGGAAUCUUUUCAGAAGCCGUUCGAAUUAUCAGACAAGGCGGCCGCCCAAGGGCAUGUAUGCAUCCACCUAGAAGUUAUUGAAUUUGUUAACAGACACGAGAUGAAGCACAAGAAUGCCUCGUUGGUGAGCACCAUUAAAAAAUGCCAACUGAAGGACAAAUUUCCAAAGACAAUAGACGAUGGACAACCUGGACCAUCGUUCGUGUUUUCCUUGAGGGAAAACCGGUUCGUACCCGAACGAAUACACCAGGAAAACGUUGAUACCUACUCCUGCCAAUAUGGUGAAGACGUUUCUUCACCGUCUAUCCCUGUCACCCUCAAAACAACUAUCAUGCCAAAUUUAGGAGAACAUUCUGACCUGCCUGUGUCUGAGGCGAGGCAAGAUCGUUCUCCCAAUUCCGUAAGGACAAACACACAUCAGCAUAAGAGAACAAGCGAAAUAUUGCGCGAAAGUUCGCGGUAUAGUGAUGAUAUUGUCAUGCUAAAUGAUUUGAUUCUUCAAGACCAAUUGCAAGAUGCACACAAAGAACACAAUGGAAGAAUCGGUAGCUAGUAGAGCGGACACUCUUAGUUCCUAUUUGGACUAAUUCGGUUAAUUAUAUAUGAACCUGAAUAGAUAACUACACAAAUAAAAAGCAAAUCAGAGAAGUAUAAUGGUGAGAGUUUAAAGCAAUCGGAGAAAAAUAAGAAAGUCAUGCAUUUUGGAAAUUUUAUUCACUUUAAAGUAAGAGCACUUCAAACUGACUUAACCAAUAAUAUCAGUGUGACGUAGUGCGGGACAACUUUCAAAUUUCUUUCAACACACCUCUCUUUAGAGGAUCAAUGAUCCUUAUAAUUGUUAUCCAUAUUAUAUUCCGAGAAGUGUCAAACAGGAGGACGCGCUUAAUAAAAUAAAAAACAGAAAUCAAUGAUAUUUUUGUACACGAGUCACUCACUGACGAAAUUGUCAAUGUAUUCAUUGUAUUCAAUGUAUUCAUUGGUCCGAUUUAUUUCAAACUUUUGCUAUUCUGUUUCUCUUAUUUUCCUGCUUUCAUUUAUUACAAAAGUUGGAUUGUCCUCAAACCCGACUCUUGGUCUAAGAUCACUCUUAACAAAGGAAAUUUAGACCUCUGACUAAGUUCCUAUAUUACACCCCAUUUUUACCUCGAAUUUUUUUCUACGCAAGCCAUGUUUUAUUCCUUGUAAAAAGUGAAAAGUCAUUGUUGUUACUUUGGCGGAACUAAAAUAUUAAUUGCCUUCCGUGCUAGAGCCUGAGUUUCUAUGCAUCGCUAGUCACGCUUGACGCUAGACAUAUCACCUUCUCAUGUCACUACUUCUGCAACAUGAGGUAUGUCACUAUCAGCUCGAGAUUGCCAAAUAGCCCGCUAUUUCUGACUUGGGAAUUAAUCCCGAAGUUACAAAUCGCGUCCUCAUCA